CUAUAUAUACGCCCGCACCAUUCCUUCCUCAUCUCACAAUUCACAAUCACAACAACAUUCUCUCUUCUCUAACUUAAUUUAUUUAUCACAUAUUCACAUUCCAUAUUUAUUACUCCGUGUUAAUUAAUUAAUUCAUCACCAAGUAUGCAGCAGCAGCAACCACAGUUAAAUGAUGCUUACUAUGGACCCACCAUUCCACUUGCCCCAAGGCAAAACUACUACUCCAACAACCGUAACAGAAGUUGUUGUAACCGUCUCUGGAAGCUUCUAAUCACACUAAUCAUCCUCUUCGGUCUCGUAAUCCUAAUCUUCUAUCUCAUCGUUCAACCACGCGCCUUCAAAUUCUACGUCACCGAAUCCAAACUAACACAAUUCGAUUACACAAACAACACACUACACUACAACAUGCUCCUCAAUUUCACAGCACACAACCCAAACAAAAAACUAAGCAUCUAUUACGAUAAAGUUGUGGCACGAGCAUUCUACCAAGGUUCUAGGUUUGCUAAUGUCGAUGUGAUCACACACAUGAACUCGUUUCGUCAAGACAAGAACAAAAAUGAUUCCAUGAGUGGCGUUUUCUCGGGACAGAAAGUGUUGAUUCUUGACAAUGAUCAAGUUACGGAGUUAAAGAAAGAUAAGAAUGUUGGAGUUUAUGAUAUAUAUGUGAAGCUCUAUUUUAGGAUUAGGUUCAGACUUGGAGACUCUGUUUCUAGCAAGUACAAGCCUAAGGUUAAAUGUCACCUUGCUGUUCCUUUCAGCUCUAGCAAUGCGACUGGGUUUACCUUCAAACGACUUUUGCCUACCAAGUGCGAUGUUGAGUUUUAAGCUUAUUUCUAUGAAUUGGAUUUGAAUUUGCUUCUUUUACAUUCGAACAUUUUUUUUAAGUAUGUGAUUCUAAUA